AUGGCUGUUCAGAGAUCUUUCUCCCUCCUCUUUGUGCUCUUCACCAUGUCCAUAUGUUUAUCCGGGGCUUACCAGUUUAACGUGGGAAGUGAAGAUGGGUGGGUCUUAAACCCUUCUGAAAAUUACAAUCACUGGGCUGAGAGAAUGAGGUUCCUAGUUAAUGACACCCUGCAUUUCAAGUAUAAGAAAGGAUCAGAUUCUGUUUUAGUAGUGAACAAAGAUGAUUAUGACAAGUGCAAAACAAAGAAACCAAUCAAGAAGAUGGAGGAUGGUGAUUCAACAUUCAACUUUGAUCGGUCAGGUCCUUUCUACUUCAUCAGUGGAAAGAAAUCAAAUUGUAAGAAAGGUCAAAAAAUUAUCAUCGUUGUCCUUGCAGAGAGAAACCAGCCCAAGUCUCCAUCAUCUCCAUCUCUAUCUCCUUCUCCAUCUCCAUCUCCAUCUCCAUCUCCAACUGCAAGAGCUCCGGCACCGGUUAGUCACACUCCGGCCGCUAAACCUCCCAAAGGGUCUACACCCGGGUCCCCCUUUCCGGCAGCUAAACCUCCCAAAGGGUCUACAUCCCUGUCCCCCUCUCCGGCUAUGACACCUAAGUCACCCUCUCCGGAAACCCACAACCGAGUGCCUUCGCCGGCUCCUACGAAGUCUCCUUCAUCAUCAUCUUCUCAGUCCGGCAAGAGUCCAGCAGUGUCGCCUGCACCAGCAACCAUGCAUUCUCCGAAGACCUCAGAUCCAACUUCAUCCCCUCCUCCAUCAAAAACACCCUUAUCGCCCUCUCCAUCAACUUUGAUUCCUUCAAAGGGUAGUGGUCCGGCCUCCAGCCACACUCCGCCGGACCAUCAUGCACCAGCACCAGCUAGGUCAAUUGCACCAACAGUUACACCUUCGGUUGUCAUGGUGUCAAUGGCUUCUCUUGUCUCAAGUGUCAUUGUGGGUAGCUUUAUUACUAGUCCUUAA